AUGGCUCUCAAACAUCAUCCAGAUAAGCAGGAUGCCCUGAUUCUUGCGGAGACAACAGAGGCGGCAAAACAAGCAAAAAAGGAUGAGAUAGAGAGCCAUUUCAAGGCCAUCCAGGAGGCCUAUGAAGUCCUCAUAGACCCUACAAAGAGAAGGAUUUAUGACUCUACAUAUGAGUUUGAUGAUGAUGUCCGAACAGACUGUGCCCCACAAGACUUCUUCAAGGUUUUCGGCCCAGCCUUCAUGAGAAAUGGAAGCUGGUCUGUUGCCCAGCCUAUUCCUUCUCUUGGAGAUGACACUACUCCUGUAGAGGAGGUUGAUAAGUUCUACAAUUUCUGGUACAACUUCAAGAGUUGGAGGGAAUUUCCAGAUGACGAUGAGUAUGAUUUGCAGCAAGGUGAAUCUCGUGAACAUAAGAGAUGGAUGGAGAGGCAGAAUGCAAAGCUACAAGAGAAGGCCAAAAAGGCGGAAUAUGCGCGAGUGCGCACACUUGUAGACAAUGCUUAUAAGAAAGACCCAAGGAUCCAGAGGAGGAAAGAGGAGGAGAAAGCUGAGAAACAGAGAAGAAAGGAGGUGAAGUAUUUGGCAAACCGGCCCAAUCUAUUGCUUUGCCUCUUUUGA